AUGCCUAGAAUGAGCAUUAGUAGUACUUAUCAGAGGAUGAUUGGAGUGAAUAAUGCGGUUCAUUGGGAUAAACUGGUGUGGAAUAGGUUGUCUAUUCCUAAACAUAUAAUGAUAUGCUGGUUGGCUAUGCAUCAAAGAAUGAGAACUUCAGACCUGUUGGUUAAGUUGGGUGUAUUGGAGGAAAACAAGUGCAUGUUAUGUGCUGAUGGCAUGGAGUCUCACAACCAUCUUUUCUUUCAAUGCUCUUAUUCAUCUAAGUGCCUUGAGUUGGUUAAGGUUUGGCUGCAUCUAUCUUCAGCUCAAGACUUGCUACAAAGACAAUGGUACUUCCUACAGAAGAGUAGGAGAACUGGUCUACAAAAGAAAUUUAUUGCUGCUAUUUUCUCUGGCUUAAUUUAUAGCAUAUGGUGGGCACGAAAUGAAGCUGCUUGGAACAAGUUUUUUGGAGGCCUGAGGCUAUGUUCAAACGAAUGA